UGGACCCUGUGUGUGUGUGUGUGUGUGUGUGUGUGUGUGUGAGAGAGAGAGAGAGAGAGAGAGACAGAGAGAAAGAGAGACUCUCUCUCUUUCGCACACACUCACACACACACUUACUCGCUGUGUGUCUGCGCUAUACCUCCCCCGGUGCGCGCGCUGAUAGGAAUAAGUGGAGGCGCGCACGCGGCGCUCUGAAAGAGCAUCUACGAUGCAAACCGUGCAAAGGGAGGAGUACCAACCGGAGAGGAUAUCGAUUUUUCAGCCCAUCCUACACUAACGGAGUAGCGUGUGUGUGUGUGUGUGUGUGUGUCUUCGUGUAUCUGUGUGUGUGUGUGUGUGUGUGUGUGUGUGUGUGGAUAUUGUUCCCCUUGUUUUCUCCUCUUUUUUUUCCCGGAGAAGUGGAGCACCACCGUCACCGCCGCAUCCGUGUUAUUCCUGCAUCCCAUCGCGCGGACAGCGGGACCUCUCAGUGUGUGCGUGCGUGUGUGAGUGUGUGUGUGUGUGUAUGUUUGUGUGUUUGAUCAUGUUCAUGUGAGUGUGUGCUUGUGUGCGUUGCAUUUUCUCGCUUCUGAAAAGAACAAGAGGAGGAAAAGAAAGAAAGAAAACAAAAAAUAGAAGAAGAAUAAAACGGAGCCCCGGAGUGCAUGCAUGCAACAGCGUGGCGGCUUUAAAGGAGGAUGGAGACGCGUCCGGUGCCGCCGCCGCUCCGCUUUUCCUGGAGGUUUUUUCUCUUAGUCGGUGUGUUGCGGGUGUGUGUCAGCUCGGUGCUGGAGUGCCCACCGACCUGCAGCUGCUCCAGCACGGAGAUUUACUGCAAUAAAUCGCACCAGGGCAGCUUUUUCCCGCUGCUCGCCCUGCACGAGACGGGCAUGGAAGCGGGCAGCAACGGCACGCACAGCACGAGCAUCUCCGACCUCUUCCAAAACAUCACCUCCAUACACAUCGAGAACUGGUUGGGUCUUCAAACCGUACAGGAGGUUGACAUGGCUCUGUACACUGGAAUCCAGAGACUGACUAUCAUGAACUGCAAUCUGAGGACCAUCCAGUCUCGUGCUUUCGCCCAGAACCCAAAUCUACGCUACAUAAAUUUAUCCAAGAACCCUCUGACUACUCUUUCCUGGCAGCUUUUCCAGAAUCUGCAGCUUAUCGAUCUGAGGUUAGAGGGUGUGGUGUUUAACUGCAGCUGUGAGAUUCGGUGGAUCCAGCUGUGGCAGCAGAGAGGAGAAGCGAGUCUCCACAACCAGCAGCUCUUCUGUAACACGGGCUUCAGUCAGAUUCCUCUCCAGCUGCUCAACAUCUCCCACUGCGAUGUUCCAGAAAUCAGCGUGACUCACAGCAGUGUGACGGUGAAUGAGGGAGAUCGUGUCACCAUCACGUGUAACGGUUCUGGAGUCCCGGUUCCUGAUGUGGACUGGAAGGUUAACUCUCUGCACUCCAUAAGCACACAACAGGCCACUCAGUUUCCUUCUCACGUGCACUCGUUGACGUUAACGCUGUUUAACGUGAGUCGGGAUGAUAACCUGUCCCUGCUGCCCUGCACCACCGAGAACAUUGUGGGGAUGAGCAACACGUCCGUCCAUCUCUCCGUCCAGUUCCCUCCCACCAUUAUACGAUUCGAGAACCCGGAGAAAUGGCACGACACGUGUAUGCUGUUCAUCGUCCGCGGCCAGCCGCUGCCCACGGUGCGCUUCUUCUACAGAGAUGUGGAACUGCAGCAGACCGACUACGUCCACAUGGCAAGUGAGGUUUACCGAGACUCGGUCGAGGGCUGUCUCAUCUUCAAAAACCCAACCCACCACAACAACGGCAACUACACACUGGAGGCUCACAACUCUCUGGGCAUGGCCAACAAAACGGUCUACGCCCACUUCAUGGGAGCACCGUUUGAUGGAGACUAUGUGGAAUAUGUUCACCCCUCAGCUCACUCCCCCGUGAGUCCGAGUCUGACUCCCACCAUCGCUGUUACACACCGUCCUGACGAGGACACGUUCGGGGUGUCGAUUGCAGUGGGCUUGGCUGGCUUUGCCGGCGUCCUCCUCCUCGUCAUGUUUGUCCUCAUUAACAAAUACGGCAGGCACUCCAAGUUCGGCAUGAAAGGUCCUGUAGCUGUGAUUAGUGGAGAAGAAGAUAGUGCCAGUCCUCUGCAUCAUGUUAAUCACGGUAUUUUAAGCCCCUGUACGUUGGACGCUGGUCCCGACGCUGUGGUCAUCGGCAUGACCCGAAUCCCAGUCAUCGAGAAUCCACAGUACUUCCGUCAUGGACACAACUGCAACAAACCUGCCACAUACGUGCAGCACAUAAAGCGGCGGGACAUCGUGUUGAAGCGUGAGCUCGGAGAAGGCGCCUUUGGGAAGGUCUUCCUGGCAGAGUGUUAUAAUCUCAGCCCCACCAAGGACAAGAUGCUGGUCGCCGUCAAGACUCUGAAGGAUCCAACGCUGGCGGCGAGGAAGGAUUUCCAGCGCGAGGCCGAGCUCCUCACCAACCUGCAGCACGAGCACAUCGUGAAGUUCUACGGCGUCUGCGUGGACGGAGAUCCGCUCAUCAUGGUGUUCGAGUACAUGAAGCACGGUGAUCUCAACAAGUUCCUCAGAGCUCACGGCCCUGACGCCAUGAUCCUGGUUGACGGACAGCCACUACAGACGAACGGAGAGCUGGGUCUGUCCCAGAUGCUGCACAUAGCCACUCAGAUCGCAGCAGGUAUGGUGUACCUAGCAUCUCAGCACUUUGUGCACCGAGAUCUGGCAACACGCAACUGCCUGGUGGGGAACGGGCUGCUGGUCAAGAUCGGAGACUUCGGAAUGUCCAGAGACAUCUACAGCACUGACUAUUACCGAGUCGGAGGGCACACCAUGCUUCCGAUUCGCUGGAUGCCUCCUGAAAGCAUAAUGUACCGUAAGUUCACCACUGAAAGCGAUGUGUGGAGCUUCGGCGUCAUCCUAUGGGAGAUUUUCACCUACGGCAAGCAGCCGUGGUUCCAGCUCGCUAAUAACGAGGUGAUCGAGUGUAUAACGCAGGGUCGGGUGUUGGAGCGUCCUCGUGUCUGUCCUAAGGAGGUUUAUGACGUGAUGUUGGGCUGCUGGCAGCGAGAACCUCAGCAGAGGCUCAACAUUAAAGAGAUCCAGAAAAUUCUGUUUGCUUUGGGAAAAGCAGCGCCGGUUUAUCUGGACAUCCUCGGCUAGGAGCAGCGCUCAGAACCAGAAACACAACCAGAACUGAACCACAUCUCUCUCUCUCUCGCUCUCUCUCUCUCUCUCUUACUCUCACUAUAUAUAAAUAUACAUACAUACAUCUAAACACACACACACACAGAUCUGAGCAAUGGGAUGGACUUAAGUGCCUGCUACACUUUUCCAAACACAGGAGUCUUUAUGCAGCACUUUUUCCAUGUUUUUGUUUACCUGCAGAUGGAGGAGUUCGGUUCUUCUGCCCGGGAACAGGAGACGGCUUUGGAUUACUUGUUUUCUUUAUUUUUUUUUAAUCCUUUUCUUUUUUUUCCAAAAAAAUAAAAACAGCAAAUUUUAUAGACCUACAAAAGAAAAAAAACACAAACUUUUUCCUUUGUUGUCCGCUCGAUGGAGAGUAAAAGUUCAUGCUUCGAUUUUUUUCCUUUAAGUUCUUUUUUCAGCGUGUCGUCACACGGAGGGAUAAACAGUCUUUUACGAGUCGAUAUCCGUCGACAGAAACCCGGAUCUUCUGCGUGACUGUAGAGAAGAUUCCCAGCGUGGCUUUUGCUUCCUGAAAGCCGGAGUUUUUUUGGCCGAUCGCGGAACUUAGUGGCGCGACGGAGCCGACCAAUCACAGCAAAGGAGUUUAUUUAAACAAAGCUGAAUGUAUAUAAUGUAAAUUCCUGUGUCCGUAUGGUAACUUAUUUCAUUUUUUGCUAUUUAGACCUCUUUAGUUUCUUGAUGUGUCGUUACAGUGAGUGAAUUCUAUAAAUAUUUUGAUAUGUUCAUUUAUUUUAUUUUAUUUUUUUGGUUUAAAUUGAACGAACUUCAUCUCAUUCUCUUUUUAGACGUGCGCUAAACUCAAAGAGGUUUAAACAGAACCGAUAGAAGCAGUUUCAUAGCGGAACAUGUCACACGUUCAAUAUUAUCAGUUCCUGUGUGAUAGAUCUUCCUCUAGGGAGAUGAUUUUUACUCUAGGACUUACAUGAGAUCCCCAAAAAAACCUCCUUCAUCAUUCAUCCAUCACGACACGUCACCUGUCUGAGAGUUAGAGUUAGCAUGGGAAGGGUCAUGCGUUUCAUUUCAUCACACGCGCAUUAACGGAAGACCUUUAGCUAUCGGAAGAUUCCGAUUUACCAGAUACUCUAAUUCUUAUCUAAUAAUAGCUAAUCUCGACGAGCUAUAAAACAUUCAAAUAAAGGCUAAUAUAAAUAAAACAUGAAGUGACCUAUCGUUAAUACGCCAUAAGGAGUAAAUUAGCAUCUAGAAAUUUCCGUUUAUAUUUUUUGUGCUUUGUAUAAUUUGUCUCAUAGUUUCAUCAGUCAGAAGUUAGCGGUUAGCUGCGUAGAGAAGAUCUACGGGUUAGAGAGGCGUAUCCCGGAUUAAAAGUGGUGGGAUUUCUAACGCUUACUUGCUAGUUAGCAAGAUAUUUUCAUCUGUUAAAUGUUAUUAGCGAGGUGAAUACUGUAGGUAUCAGUGUCAGUAGCUAGGGCGCGAGUCUCGGGCUAACCCGCAAAUUAACGACUUCACUACUCACCUAUUCAUGCUUGACAGUUAGCAUUAGCAUGCUAGUGCAUUCGCAUCGACACAUAACCGCGAGUUUUAGCCACGAUAUUUAUAAGGAUAUUUAACUUGAUUGCACACAGAUUUCACAAAAUUUCAGUCGAUGAUGUGAUUUUGUCGGAUUCGAUUAAGAACGUUUGCUCUAAAUACGAUGAUGCUCAUUUUUACAACUUUACAAAAAUAUAUUAUAAUAAUUAUAAUAAUAAUAAACAUGAGAAAUCUGGCUCUAAAUCCUAAUUUAUUACUUGGACAACAAAAUCACUACAAAGCUCCAUUUUUACAUUUUCUUUUAUUUGUGGGGAAAAAAAACACAAACAUUGUAAAAUUUCAUCAAAGUUCAGCUUGACAGAGGAUAUAAUAUUAUCUUUAUUUUUUGCUAUAACAUCUGAAUAAGUAAAAUCAAACAAGAUUUUUUAAGAUAUUUUAUUUUAUUUCAACCUUUUUUUUUCCAUAUUUUAAUAUUUUUUCCUAAAACAUAAAAGGAAAAAAAAUCAGCUAAAUUUAAUCAUUUGGGUUCAACUUGACAAAAAUGAAAUUUCAUGCUCAUAUUUUCCCCCCAGAGAGUGAAAGGUUCGAUUGAUAUUUCAGUUCUUUGUGUUGAGUCUGAUCCUGAGCUAUUUUACUGUAGGAUUUUAGUUCUGUGUGAAAUCAGUGACAUCAGACAUGUUUAUGAGUGGGUUUUUUAUUGUCUGGAAGGACGACCCCGUGGUUUAGAGCAGGAUAAAGUCUGAGAGGAGCGCAGGAUAAAAUCAGGAGGAAAUCAGAAGUCAGGAGGGGCAGAACAGCCUGGACAUCAGCCUCAGUUUCUCCAGGGCAUCUAGCAGAACCUCCAGAGGUCAAGCUUCUCCUGCUGGAGCUUUACUCUAACUUUACCAAAUAUAUAACUCUUAUACCUCUCUCUCUCUCUCUCUCUCUUUCUCUCUCUCCUCUCUCUCUCUCUCUCUCUCUCUCUCUAUAUAUAUAUA